AGCUGCCUGUGGAGGACGGCCAGCAGGGUGAAGCUCGAAAUUGCCUAGAACCGCAUCAACAAUCCCAAACCCGAUUUUCGAUCGCACCGCCCUGCUCUCCCCACCACCUCUCUUCCCGACGCUGCGAUUACCGAUAACGCCUCAUCAUGACCUCCUUAUUUGACCAGCCGCGCAACGGGCAGCUAUUUCUUGGUGGACAAAAGAUCUCUGGAGCCGAUAUUCGAGACCAAAAUGUUCUAGCUACACAGGCCAUCGCAAAUGUCGUCAAGAGCUCGUUCGGCCCCAGCGGGCUGGACAAGAUGAUGGUGGAUGAUAUCGGAGACGUGACAGUGACAAACGAUGGCGCCACCAUUCUCAGCUUACUCGACGUCGAGCACCCGGCCGGCAAGAUCUUGGUCGACCUGGCGCACCAGCAGGACAAGGAAGUGGGCGACGGCACGACGUCGGUGGUGCUCAUCGCGGCCGAGCUGCUCCGGAGAGGAAACGAGCUCAUGAAGAACCGGAUACACCCCACCACCAUCAUCACGGGAUACCGCCUGGCGCUCCGCGAGGCGGUCAAGUACAUGAACGAGCACAUCAGCAUCAAGGUCGAGAACCUGGGGCGCGAGUCGCUGCUGAACAUCGCCAAGACUUCCAUGUCGAGCAAGGUCAUCGGCGGAGACUCAGGGUUCUUCUCCAACAUGGUGGUCGACGCCAUGCAGGCCGUCAAGUCGACAAACAACAGGAACGAGGUCAAGUACCCGGUGAAGGCCGUCAACAUCCUCAAGGCGCACGGCAAGGGUGCGCUGGAGUCUAUACUUGUCAAGGGCUACGCGCUGAACUGCACGGUUGCUUCGCAGGCCAUGACAACGCGGGUAACAGAUGCUAAAAUUGCCGUCUUGGACAUGAACUUCCAAAAGGAGCGCAUGAAGCUCGGCGUCCAGAUCACCAUCGACGACCCUCAGCAGCUGGAGCAGAUCCGGGCGCGAGAGGCCGGCAUGGUCCUAGAGCGGGUAGAGCUCAUCCUGAAGGCGGGUGCAAACGUUAUCCUCACAACAAAGGGCAUCGACGACAUGGUCAUGAAGCUGUUCAUCGAGAAGGGCGCCAUGGCCGUGCGCCGAUGCAAGAAGGAAGACCUGCGCCGGAUCGCGAGAGCGACGGGCGCGACCAUGCUCAGCACGCUCUCGGAUCUAAACGGCGACGAGAAGUACGAGGCGUCGUAUCUCGGACACGCCGAGGAGGUGUCGCAGGAGCGCAUUUCGGACGACGAGUGCAUAUUGAUCAAGGGCACCAAGGUGCACUCGUCGGCCUCCAUCAUCCUCCGCGGAUCCAACGACUUCCAGCUCGACGAGAUGGAGCGGUCGGUGCACGACAGCCUGUGCGCCGUCAAGCGGACGCUCGAGAGCGGCAGCAUCGUGCCGGGCGGCGGCGCCGUCGAGACGGCCCUACACAUUUACCUCGAGGAGUUCGCCGGCACGGUCGGGUCGAGGGAACAGCUCGCGAUCGCCGAGUUUGCGCAGUCGCUGCUGGUUAUCCCCAAGACGCUCGCAGUCAACGCAGCCAAGGAUGCGUCGGAGCUGGUGGCGCAGCUGCGGUCUCGGCACGCGCUUUCGCAGCGCAUCCAGGAGGGCGAGGCCAACGAGGACGAGAAGAUCGUUGCGCGUAAGAAGGCGUACAAGAACUAUGGGCUGGACUUGACCAAGGGCAAGGUGGUGGACGAGAUCAAGGCGGGCGUGGUGGAGCCGAGCAUGAGCAAGAUUCGGCAACUGAAGAGCGCUGUGGAGGCGUGCAUCAGCAUCAUGCGCAUCGAUACCCUGAUUAAGUUGGAUCCGGAGCAGAGACAGGAGGAGGACGACGGACACGACCACUAGACGGGGAGCGACAACGCUGUGGGGCUAUAGAGUGAAACGAAAACAAGCGACGCAAGAUAAGAGGCAGUUCCGGCCAGUGGAUGGCUAAUGAAUGUAUAUGUAACCGGUCCGAGGCCUAUAUUUU